ACACCUGGUUAGCUGAAGUUAACUAGCUUUGUGCCUUAGCGUUAGCAUGUUUUCUGUCUUUGAGGUCAGAGCAGGUGGACAUGAGUUUAAAGUGAACAUGUUAACAAAGUACAUAAAAGUAGGUUAAAGGGACUUUAUGUGACUGCCGAGUUUCUGCCCUUUAGUUUGUAUCGGCAGCUAACUUAAUUUCGCAAGAAUCCUUUUACUGUUGGUUUAUGGUCCUGCGGCAGUCUGACGGCUACAUGAUAACGUCCAGGACAGCAGAGCCCGUUCAGCACCAUGGCCCUAACUGAGGAGCAGCCUGAGAAACACUGUUGGGUGUGUUUUGCCACCGAGCGAGACGACCGCAGUGCAGAGUGGGUGAGCCCCUGCAGGUGUAAAGGCUGCACUAAAUGGAUCCACCAGGCCUGUCUGCAGCGCUGGCUGGACGAGAAGCAGAAAGGAAACGGAGGAGGAGCAGUCAGCUGUCCACAAUGUGGCACUGAAUACCAUAUCACCUUCCCCAAGAUGGGCCCAUUGGUGUAUUUCCUCCAGCAGGUAGACCGAGCCCUGUCCCGGGCCAGUCCCUUUGCCGCUGUUGGGGUGGUGGUCGGGACUGUGUACUGGUCAGCUGUCACAUACGGAGCUGUGACCGUCAUGCAGGUCGUGGGACACAAGAAGGGUCUGACCGUGAUGGAGCGAGCCGAUCCUCUGUUCCUGCUGAUCGGCCUGCCCACCAUUCCUGUGGUGCUGGUCCUGGGAAAGAUGAUCCGCUGGGAGGAUUAUAUCGUGAGGCUGUGGCAGAGAUACUCCUACAAGAGGAAGCUCCUUCCAGGUAGCAGCGGUUACCUGCCCCGUGUCCCCGUGGACGGAGCCGGUGGAGGAGAUCACCUCUCUGUGUCCAGGACUCUGUGUGGAGCUCUCAUCUUUCCCUCCAUUGCCAGUCUGGUGGGGCGGCUGUUGUUUGGACGGAUGCCCUCCAAUCUUCAGCGCACUGUCCUGGGUGGCAUCGCAUUUGUGUUGAUCAAGGGAGUGUUGAAGGUGUAUUUCAAACAGCAGCAGUACCUCAUUCAGGCCAACCGGCACAUCCUCAACUACCCGGAGAGAACUGGAGGAGGACAGACCGAAGGUGGAGAGGAGGACACAGAGGACACGGGGAACGAAUAGUCUCAGUGGCUUGGAUUAAAAAUGGGAAAAACAACUGUUGCAGCAGGAUGAAGACACAAAAGCAAAAUGUAUUUUAUCAUAAAGCAAGAUGCAAAAUCUUGGUCUUUUAAACUGAGGUGAGUUCUAGUGUAGAUGAAAGUGUUUGGGUGUGAGAGGAUGUGUCUGUUAAAAAGGAGGUUGCUUCAUCUGCCUUCAUUGGAAUUACCAAUAACCUGAGAAGUUUCCAGCCAGAAGAAGCUUUUAUUUUGUAAUUCUACGAAGUCUCCAACAGCUGCCUCAAGCAGCACAUCUAAGCAGCCAAAUCUCAGACUGCACACUUAACUAACUUGUAGCACUAACACUGUAGUAGAUAUUGGUGGCCACCAUUGACAUAUAUGAAGAUGGCUGAUGCAUUUCCACUUUAUGUGCUGUACUGCAGCCAACCACCAGGGGGGCAAUCCAGGUGUUCUCUGAAUAACCUGGAUCAUUAUUCCCAUCUUCCUCACUUAUUAAGCCUUAACCCGGUGGAUUCCUUCCUUUGUUGUAUGUGCCUUAAGUGACGCGCUUUUCCAUCCCAGAACAAGCUUCAGAGUGUGUGUGUCGAGCUCUGAACUAGAACCUUCUUUCCUACAACACACUGAUAUUUCCCGGUGACCAGUAAUACUUCACUUUUCCUCAACACAUCUAACCCAGUUUGUAUCAUAGUGGAUAAAAAAAAAACCUAAUUUCUUCUAGAUAUUGAAUUUUUGUUUGGGGCCAACUCACAGCUUUUCCUUACUAACAAAAGUGUGGUGCUGCUGCUGAAUGCAAACACAAUCAGUUGACCUGCUGUACUCUGAACUUUGAUCUGACUGACUUCAUGCUGACACACCAACAGUCAAUGUCACGUCCUCUUUUAAUGUGACCCUCAGUUGCUUACAGACUGAAGCUCUGGAGGCUGUGGGGAUGCAGAAGGUGGAACGUGAGCCGCUCCCACAGCUUCCGGUACCAACAGGAGACUCGGCGCAUUUCAGUGUCGGCCCGUUGUGGUUAUUGGGUGAUUUUCACUUGUUGCACUUCCUGUUGUGGCACAGCUAUAGCUGAGUUGUUUGGAACGUUAAAAUGAAAGUUUUGAGAUGAUUAUUGGUUUGGAGCUAUUCAUGCAAAAGAAAAUAGGCUGAGGUUAAUGCCUGAUUGUUGGAGCUAAAACAACAAAUAAAGGUCCCAGUUCUGGUUUCAAGGUUUUGUUGUCUUACACAGGAACACACUGGGACUUCAAUUGCACAGUUUCCUUGCAGUCAUUAUGUGUAUGUUAGAGCUCUUAUUUAAAGUCUUUGUUUAAUAAAGCUGUUUUUAAAGCAAA